AUGCCUCGCACAAUCUUCACGACGAUAACGCCGCUCCCAGCGGGCGUCUCGAGGGAAACCGGUCUAGCAACACUACAUGAUCACCUAGAAAUGAUCGAUCUCAACCCCGCGCAUACCUCGCGCAGGAUGAUCCCGCCUCCCCCAGAAGCAAAUCCUGAAGAAUAUCACUGCACUUGGUACGAAAUCGUCGACAAGAUCUCCUAUUUCCCGGGCUACUCUGGCGAAGUUUCCUUCAAAGCAUGCUUCCACGACCUGCCAUUGGGAACGCAAAUCCACGUGUAUGCGCCGAUGGGUCUCGAUAUCAAGGAGAAAUGGACACUGGCGGGGAAUGAGCCACACGAACCCGUCCAACCGGUGGAGCUGGGAAUUGGAGCGCCAAUAUCCGGACUGUACCUUCGCGAAGAUGUUGAGAUAAAAUGCAACUUUCUGGUCACCAGAUUCGUACGAAAACAAUUGAAAGAAGCUUUAGCAACUCUUGUUGCAAGAUUAUUGGUCAAAACACAGCUACAAGAGGCGGCGGAGAAGAAUCGAAGAUUGACACAAAGCAUGAAUCCAUCAUAUUCCGCCCAAAAUUCACCGCCAAAUUCACCACGUCCUACGCAUGCGCCCUCGAUGCUCCGACCGCCAGUGAGGUAUAGUCAAAUGAGCCAAGUUAGCCAACAAAGUCAACAUAGUCAAUACAGCCCUCACCUCACCACACCGCCCAUUUCGCCGCCAGCUCCCGUCACACCACCUCUAUCAGGUUCAUUUCCAAAACAUGCCUAUGAUCCCUCUGCUUACGCGCAUCUUCAACAAAAACAAUAUCCGCAGCAUCCACAAGUCCUCUGUCCACCGCAAUGGUCACCUCAAACUUCUCAAUUGUCAUAUAAAAAUGGACAGCAGCAAUAUUAUCCCGAGUACGACGAUAAACCGAUGCCGGUUUAUAAUGAAAUGGAUGCAAAUCAGACUCAGAAAUUGAAACCCCCUCAACCUCCCGUUGAAUUACCUGCUUCGUUGCAUUGA